AUGGGAUCAGUUGGAGAAAUCUAUGAAGCGCAGUGCACUCAGGGUCCAGCCACAAUGCUGGCUAUCGGCACAACAAAUCCAUCCAACUGUGUGUAUCAGUGUGAUUUCCCAGAUUUCUACUUCAGAUCCACAAAGAGUGAGCAUAUGACUGGAUUGAAAGAGAAGUUCAAGCGAAUCUGUGACAGAUCUACAAUUAUAAAACGUCAUCUCUACAUGACCAAGGAAAUGAUCGUGGAGAACCCCAACUUCUACAACUCCAUGGCUCCAACACUUGAUGCUCGCCAUGAUAUUAUGGUUGUUGAGGUUCCCAAGUUGGCUAAAGAAGUAGCUUUAAAAGCCAUCAAUGAGUGGGGGCAGCCCAAAUCUAAGAUCACCCACUGUUGGUGA